GCCAGCAACCGCCGCCCGCCACCUCCUCUCCUCCUCCGCUGUUGCCCCGGCCGCCCCGCUGGGCCCCUAAUCGCCGGCGCCUCGGCGCGUGGCCCCUCGGCCCUCAGCGCUGGCAGCGCGGUACGGACGGGACCGAUGUGGCGCAUGCGUGGUGGCGCCACCAGGCGCGGGAGCUGCGGCGGCGGGGACAGCGGCGGGGAUCGUCGCGGGCAGGGCCGCCCAGGCCGGGUUCGUGGGGGUGGCAGCAGCGGCAGCGUGGGCUGGCGAGGCCGAGCGGGCGGCGCCCGACAGCAGCUGGAGGAGCGGUUCGCCGACCUGGCGGCGAGCCAUCUGGAGGCCAUCCGCGCGCGAGACGAGCGGGACCGGCAGAACGUGCGGUUGCGCGAGGAGAACGCCCGUCUGCGGCUGGAGAACCGGCGACUGAAGCGCGAGAACCGCAGCCUCUUCCGUCAGGCUUUGCGGCUUCCCGGAGAGGGCGGCGACGCGGCGCCCGCGGAGGCGACGAGGGAGACCCCGGACCCUGAAGAGGCAAGCACCAACAAGAGGGCGCGCGGCGCUGGCCCGGAGGACGAUCCCGGCAGCCCCAGGGCCCUGAGGGCCCGCCUUGAGAAGCUGGAGGCCAUGUACCGCCGGGCCCUGCUGCAGCUGCACCUCGAGCAGCAGGGACCGCGCACGCGUGGGGACAAGGAGCAACCGACCCUGCGUGAACCCGAGCCUGGCCUCCGACCCACGGACCCGGAGCCCCCAGAGUCCUGGCAGUAGCGGGAGGCCGCAGGCGGGCAGAGGCGGGGCUUGGCGCGGGCCCCUCCUCCCC